AUGAGUGAAGAAGAGAUUAGAAGAAAGCUGGGUCAGCUCUUCAUAGUUGGCUUUGAUGGCUUGACAGCAAACGAAGGCAUCAAGUCACUCAUCAAGGCACCAUUUUACAUUGGAAAUGUUAUUCUUUUCCGGCGUAACGUCGGCGAUGCAGAGCAGUUGAUCACUCUCACGAGCGAGCUUCAGCGAACCGCGCGAGAUGCAGGGCAUACCCGACCCCUAUUCAUCGCUAUAGACCAGGAGAACGGCUGGGUCAGUCAGAUUAAGCCUCCCAUUGCUGCUCAGCUUCCUGGGUCCAUGGCGCUGGGGGCAACAGGCUCUACUGAAGAUGCUAUACGGGUUGCUAGGGCUACGGGUGAAUUGCUAUAUGCUCUCGGUAUCAACAUGAACUAUGCUCCCGUCUGUGACGUCAAUUCAGAGCCAGCCAACCCGGUAAUCGGAGUACGUUCUCCGGGCGAUGAUGGAGUAAGCGUGGGACGAAUAGCUUCGGCUUUUGCCAAAGGUCUGCGUGAGGAGAAGGUUGUUCCAUGCGUGAAGCAUUUUCCAGGUCAUGGAGAUACUAUGGUUGAUUCCCACUAUGGUCUUCCAGUGGUGAACAGAUCCAUCGAAGAACUGGAAGCGUGUGAAUUGAUCCCAUUCCGGAGGACAACUGCAGAGAACGUCGAGUCCGUCAUGACUUCCCAUAUUGUUUUGCCGGCUCUUGAAGAAUCAAAUCUCCCUAUGACCCUCAGUAAAAGCUGUGUGCAGUUCCUUCGAGAAAGGCUACAGUAUGAUGGACUAUUGGUGUCCGACUGCUUGGAGAUGGAGGCUAUUCGUGCGCACUACGGUAGCGAAAAGGGUGCUGCAAUGGCAAUUGCGGCAGGGGUAGAUUGUGCGAUGGUGUGCCAUACACUGAAAGCACAAAUGGGUGCCUAUAAUGAAGUCUACGAAGCCUUCAAACACGGGGUUAUCACCUCUGAGGGUGUUGCCAAAUCAGUCGCAAGGGUGACAGCGCUGAAAGAUAGGUUCGUUAGCUGGGAGUUAGUUUCCAGCAAACGAACCCCUGAACUGCUUGCGGAGCUUCGUCUCGCCCAUGAAAAACUUGCAGCGGAUGUCUAUGCUCGAAGCGUAACUUUGGUGAGGGAUACCCAGAAUGCCAUCCCUAUAAAACCGGAUCAAAAGGUGGUCUAUGCAUACUUUGCUCUAGUGGGGGGCUUCAGCGGGGUCCCCCAUACCGUUCCAUAUCUCCAGUCUCAAUUUGGAAAAAUGAUCAUGGAGCAUCAUUCGAAUAUGGUUGAAUGUCCAAUUCGUCAGGACACUUCACUUGAAGAAGAUGAAGAGGCUAAGGCAAAGAUAUCCGACGCUGAUGUAGUUAUCCUGGUAACCAAAGAUGCGAAAAUGUCGGGGAGUCAGGUGGAACUGACAAGACUUAUCGAAAGAUUAUCCAAGAAGCUCAUUGUAGUGGCCAUGAGUGUGCCAUAUGACUUCCUAGAGGACAAGGAGCUUGUCAAAACCUACCUCACAAUAUAUGAACCAACUCCCGAAGCCUUCUUACCCGCUGUCAAGAUUAUAUUAGGGGACCUCAAGCCGAAAGGAAAGCUUCCUGUGUCGGCUAAACUUCGUCAAAUACCAAUUGAACCUUUCAACGCGGGUAGAGACCUUGCCAGAGUAAUCAAACUUUGGCAUCAACUCUUGCCCAGAUAUGCCGUGCCAUCCGCGACGCUGUCUCAUGUUCUCACCAGGCCGAAUGGAGCCCACUUAGUUUCACGCUUUGAAGAUGAAAUAGUGGGAUUUGUGGCCACGUAUGUAAAUGAAGACCGGCCUACGACAUUCAUCCCUGUGGUCCUCGUAGACUCUGGUCACCAGGGUAAGGGCGUGGGAACCGCAAUGAUUGAGCACGCCAGAAUAUACCUCCGAAAAAGGUAUCCAACGUCAUCAGUCACAAUUGGCUCAAGCUUCCCUCGGUUCUGGCCAGGUGUCCCAACUGAUAUUUCGAAGCAAGCCCAAGAUUUCUUUAUUCAUCGUGGUUUCUGUCCAGAACGUAGACCAUCGGCAAGGGAUUAUACUGCCGACCUACUCUCCUAUGAAGCACCAAAGGGUAUCCUUGAGCGUGCAGAAAAAGCAGGAGUCAUUUUUGCACCCUGGAGUAAGGAAAAAUACGGACAAUGCAUGGAGAAACAGCGUAAGCUGUUUGGCAAGGACGCCGUGUGGAUGGGGGCUUACGAAGGGUUGGCACAAACUGGCCGGUACGACCAAGUUAUGGUAGCAACGGACUCAUCGACUGGGGAACAGAUCGGAUGGACAUUGAUGCAGGAAUUAGGUAUCGGGAUGACGCAGGAGCUUGCCAUGCAGCCGCUGGUGGGUAUUAAAUCUGGCCAAAUCGGCUGCGUGGGAGUUGCUCCCGAAGCCAGGAAUAAGGGAGUCGGCCUCGCCUUGAUCACCCAUGCUGCCCUUGAUCUGAAAAGACGAGGGAUGGAACAUGUAUUCAUUGACUGGUCCAACCAUGUCAACUGGUAUGAGCGUGCUGGCUUCAAGGUCUGGGGCGAGUAUCGGACGAUGGUGUUGCAUGAGUUGGCGAAGUAG